AUGCUAUAUAAUUUUGAUAUUCCAUUACAUCUAAGUCCUUAAUACUAAAUAAAUUAAUCACAAUAAAAUAAUAAAGGUUAGAAGAAUGUUUCAAUUUAAAAAUCUCUGAGUCAAAUUUCGAAUUUUGAACUUCAAUAAACUAAUGAUAUAAAAAACAAGUUAUUACCUCUUUUAAAUAAUAAACUCAAAUAAAGGAAUUCAUUCAAAUUAGGUGUAUAAAGUCCUAGAUUAAUAUAAUUAUAAAGUGACAACUCAAUUGAUGAUUAAAACAAAAGAAUUGUUCUUAGAUAGUUACCUUCAAUAUAUUUAAAACAAAAUAAUAUUGUGAAAUCUAAUUAUUCAUAAGAUAAGAUGAGUUUGAGUCCUCAAAAAUAGGAUAUAAAUCAAAUAAGCAAAAGAAUUUUUACUGAUGGAUCAGAUAUCUAAUAAUCAGAUAGGUUAAGCCUUAGAAAACUAAAUGAAUUACUAAAUAGUCAUAAUGUUAAAAUCCCUUAGCCAAAUAAAACAUAACUUUUUCCAGAAGUUUAAGAACUUUAAGAUUUACCUAAAUAAAUGGAACAUAUUUUUAAGAAAAACAACAUCAAUCCAAUAAAAAUUAAAGCAAAUUUGAAAUUUUACAGUCCAAGAGAAAAGAAAAACACAACUUAAUCAAUUGAUUCUUUGAUUAAGUUAUUAAAAAAAUGA